AUAUUUCAUAGAAGCUUGUACCCUGAGCUGACUAAAACUAAGAGAAUUCGCCAGAGAUUUGCGAGCGAACCCGUAUCUACCCCCCCUUGAGAUGACGAAUCACAAGCCAAAUGAUGGUCCUCCAUGGAUCGCAUCAAUGAAUAUCGCAACCCGACAGCUGUCUCACUCGAGCCCCAACCUGCAACCUGCAAGUGAUAUCGAGAUCCUAGGAAUCGCUACUGCAAUUUGUCUCCUCGGAUUCUUUGUUUGCUAUAUGCUAUUUACUGGGCUUCAGAUGCUUUUCUCUGCGUCAUGGACUGUUAGGACACUGAAAAAGAGGGGUGAAGCAGACGAAUGUCUUAUGAGUUCUAUGGGCCGAUCGCAGAUUAGCUAUGACGUGCCAAGAAAAUCACCAUAUCUCACAAGUCCAGCCCGCGAAGUAAGAAUGAAGACAUCGUGGGAAGCGGCCGUCAUCACAAAACAGUACAACUAUACCCAAAUCCCAGCUAGGCGUAAGCCAUUGUCACGCAAACCGCUAAUAUUUUCCACGUUAAACCCCAACAUUGGCGCUACUAGAUGGAAAGAUACAACAUUAGAUAUGGAAGAAGGUUGGAGCUUUGGACUCACUACCACCGACUCUGCCACCAGCAAGCCUGACAACGCUAUUCGCUUGGAUGAAAUGGCUCCAUGCAGAAAUUUCAAGGCUGGAGAGAAGACAGGUUUUUAUGAUAGAUCUUUUUUACAUCGCUACACCAUGUCUCUAUAAUGGGUGGGUGCGAUAUCUGCCUACAGGUGACGAUGAGAUGGGCGAGACGGACGGGCAGGGCGUUGUGUAUGGCCGUGAAACAGCAACGACAAGUAGAAGCAGUUGCAAAUUCAUCGGAGUUACCAGAGUUCUUGAAAAAGGGAAGACGCUGGCCCAUGGCACGCAAGAGAUCCCCAGAUAUGUCUGGCUACCCUCCUGGACCGGACCUUAACGGCGCUCGG